AUGGGUCCAUCCCCCUAUGGAUCUAUUCGCGAGGAGUGUCGGAUGCAGUAUCUCGAACAUACUGCCGACGAAGUGAUUCGAGGCAUUGAACCAAACCGACUGAGUCGCUUUGCGCUUCGUCUGGAGUACUUCUACGGUCGUGCGGACCGAUUGGAAGACAUGGAAGUUGGCAUGUAG